AUGUCAGCCGCUGAAGCUAAGACCGAUGCUGGUACGACCGAAAGGGUCGUCGUCCGUUGCUGCAAGUGCAACGCUGUUGUGAGUGAGAGAGGAUCUAGGAAGCAUAGAAGAAGAACGAGGAAACAUUCGAGCCAGCGUCCGCCACUACUCAGACCCAAGGUGCCUUAUGACCUUCAACCACCUUACGCUGUUAUCGCCGGCUUCCCGGAAUACAAGACAGACUAUAUGCAGUUCGGUAACUACCCUGUAGACGAGAUGGCUUUCGUCCGCUCUUGUAGACAAGAACCGUUAGCUUGUGGAGUAGGUCGGAAUGGUCUGGAUUACUGA